AAUCCCCUGCGCUUUGGGGAUGGAGUCACAUGUGGUUUGCUCACGGAAAGAGCCCUCUGCAAACUCUAACAUCUCUGUCAAAAGUUUAAUAGCUGGUGGACCAUGGAGCUUCUUGUAAACGUAAGAAAAUGGAUAGAAGAAAACAAAGCUGCCUUUUUGCCACCUGUAUGCAAUAAACUUAUGCAUCGUCAUCAACUGAAUGUGAUGUUUGUUGGAGGGCCAAAUGAAAGGAAGGAUUAUCACAUUGAAGAAGGAGAAGAGCUUUUUUACCAGGUUAAAGGAGAUAUGUGUUUGAAGAUAAUUGAAAAUGGGAAACAAAAAGACAUCGUCAUCCAAGAAGGGGAGAUGUUCCUCCUACCUGCUAGGAUACCUCAUUCUCCUCAGAGAUAUGCAAACACUGUGGGUCUUGUGAUUGAGAGGGAAAGAUUAAAGACAGAAAUUGAUGGGCUCAGAUACUAUGUUGGAGAAUCAACUAAUGUCCUCUUUGAAAAAUGGUUUCACUGUGAAGAUCUCGGCACUCAACUUAUCCCAAUAAUUCAAGAGUUUUUCAAUUCAAGACAAUAUCAAACUGGAAAACCAAAUCCAGAUGAACUCCUGAAAGAAACUCCUUUCCCACUAAAUUCCACCUCUGUAAUGGAGCCAUUUUCCUUCCAAGGCUGGUUAAAUGAUCAUCGUGGCAAAAUAAAACAGAAGAAAUCCUUGAGUAUGUUUGGAGAUAACUUUGAAACAGAGGUUAUAGCUUAUGGACCAGGAACUACUGAGAAAAGUAAAAAGGAUUCAGAUAUCUGGAUAUGGCAGCUGGAGGGCACAUCUACUGUUACUGUGGAUGGUAAAACCCUGACUCUAUCUGCUGGUGACAGCCUGCUUGUCCGUGCCCAGUCUAUGUACUGCUGGAAGAGAACAGAAGAAUGUGUUGCGCUCUGCAUUGCUCAGGAUCCAAAACGCAAGCAGCCUUAUACCUGUGCCAUUUGACUGUAAUGAUAAUUAAGUUUUAACCUGCUUGUCUUAUCUUAAUGAUCUUUUAGUCAGAAUGUCUGGAAAUAUGAAUAGUCUAUCACAACAAUUACACUGAAUUAAGUGGAGUAACGUGCUGUGCCCAGUUAAAACUUUUUUCCUCAAGUAGUUAAAGUUUCAGAAAAUCUAUAAUCAGUUAUUUAAAAAAAACCCACAAAACAAAACAGAAAAAUAGUCCUUAUCUGAAAGGAAAUGAACACAGAUCCAAGUAGCAUGAUUAUUUAUAUAAUAAUACAUAUGAUACUAAGGUAAAAGCUUUUCAAAUACAAGUCUUCUCUGCAAGAUGUAGAAAAGGAGGUAGGGCAGAUCUGUUAUGCCUACUUACAUGGUAGUUUUCGUUUCUUUGUCUCAGUUUUGACAUUUGUAAUAAGUUAGGUAUAACAUUAGUUACCCAGCCUGCAGUAGGGGAGUUUUAAUUGGCAGUAUCUCACAGAUCUUCAAGAUCUUUGGCUAAAACACCCUUUAAAAAACAAAACAAACUCUGCUGCACUGCUCAAGGAUCUCAGUGCUUUGUGAAGGAGAGGAAGGACCAUUAGUAAAGAGGGAAGCACUACCUGCAAAAACAUCAAGCAUUACUUAGAUCACCACUGUGCUUGCUUCGGGUAACUUAGUAUCAGUUUACCAAAUCCAACAAUGCAGUAUCAAUCAGUUACCAGUAACAUGCCACGCACACCAUGCUGGAUGCUGUCUGUGCACUACACUAUCACGAACAUAGCACAGCAAUAUGACUAACACAGGAGCAUCCCAAUCAUGGAUAUUCCUGUGCAGCAGAAAUCUCAGGUCAGAGUAGUCUAAGAAGUAUGUUGGAGGAUAAGGGAGCAGAAAAAUUAUUAUAAUGACAUUUCUUGUGGAAAUAACAAAAGCCAAAUUAUCUUUUCCUGCUUUUAUUCCAGGAACUCUCCAGAGGGGUUUUUGUUUUGUUUGUUCUGAUUUUUUUGUUGGUUGGGUUUGCUUUUUGUUUGGGGUGGGGGGUUUCUUGAGGGGUGUUGUGGUGUGGUUUUUUUUUUUUUUGUUUGGGUGGUUUUGGUUCUUUUUGUUGGUUUGUUUAAGCACAUUGUCCUUCACAUCAUUAACCUCACAAAACAGAUUGCUUAAAUGUUUGCAGGUUUUAUCAGUUAUGUGUUGGAGAAAACAAAAAGUUACCAUUUCUUGAUUUUGUUUAAUUCUAUUUACAUUCAGAAAAUAUUUCUUUAAUAUAUCUAUCAACUACAAAGCUCACUAAACUGAAAUGUCAUAUGCAUUUUAUUCAAGUGUUCAUUCUUCUGAUGAGAAAGACUCAGAUGGUUUGUCUUUAAUCUAUAACCUAAGUGUAAGCUCACGUGCUUUUCUAGUAAAGCAUACAGGAAAACUUUGCUACAUCCUCCUAAUAACAGGGGACGUAAUUUGAGAAAUUCAGCCUAGCCCUUAAGACUAUUAUGGGCAUGAAUUAUCACACAGGAAAAGGAGCUAUAACAAUCCAUUUGAACAAGGGAGUAAUUUGUCUGAUUAUCACUGGUAUUGGUGUGUCUGCAGAAUUGCCAACUCCCUGAGUGAACAUCUACGACUGCGGGGUCUAGGGUUAUAUUUUCAGUCCACCGGUUCAGGAGUAACCACUGCAGUGCUGCCUAUGCGUUUACUUCAUAUCACAGAAAUGUUUCUAUAUUACACACUGAAUAAGUGGAUAAAGCAUAGCAACACAUAGAACAAUGUCCAGAAUAAUCAAUAGCUCUUCAUCCAUCCAGAGGUACUGUGAGCCAUGGAAAUUUCAGAAUAAAAAUUAAGGCACCUCUGGAUUAGCUACCUCCAGCUUUAGAGACUUAAGGACUUAAAAUAAAGGCUCCACUCAAACUAUAUUUGUAAUGAUGUCUUAUUAUGACAACUUGUGCUUGAACACCUGAAUUCUACAAAGUCCUGAGCUAGGUCCCUCAAAUCAGAGCAAGAACCAAAUCACAAGCAUUAUGCCAGAGCUCAGUCACCUGCGGUUCUGCUGCUGCCCACGCUCAGAAACCAGGACUGAGCAUGUUGUCAGCUAACUUCUUUUGAGAAGCUGCUGUCAUCUAAAAAAAUUAGGUGAGAGGUGUCCGGUCCCAUAAGUAUGACUAAAAAUCAGGAUCAAACCGGUAUACCAGUAUGGGAAGAUUUACAGAAAGGCCUAGAUACCAAGUACUGGGAGAAGAGAAUUUAAUGUUUUAGCGUCUCUUUUGAGACUUGUUUCAGUUGUUCUGUUCCUUCCCCCGCCCCAGUUCAAUAGUUAUUUAGUAGCCAGAGCACAGAUGAGAGCACAGAGAUAACUUGUCAUUUACUCCUUCCAAGGUGCUUAACCAGUGUGAUUUAGAAACCUGCAAUUUUUCUUUUUCCAAGCCUUCAGGUAGUUCCAAGGGGCUCCUCAUCAGUCAGCAAAUCUUUUUCAGCUGCUUUAUUCUUCCUCCAUACUAUAUAUUAUAAACUGCCCCAACAAUGGUACUUUUGUAAUUAGAUGCACCCAUGCUCCUCUGCCUAUGAGGAAGUUGGCCAGAUGCAAGUUUGGUUCAUGGAGUCCUUUUAGCUGUUAGGCGCUGUUUCUGUGUACAUGUGGUGAGCUCAGCUCAGUAGAUUGUUGGCACCAGAGUUGUUGGGAUCACAGCCUGGGGACUCCAAUGCUAAUCUUAUCUCAUAAAGAAAGAUUUCAGGCUCAGGUCAGUGGUGAAGCCUUAGUUAAGCAUGUUGUCUGAAAAGUGCCCUGAUGCACUCCUGUUGGCAUGCAUGUCCAUGACAAUACACUAGCAUAAAAACAUGCUUUAUGCAUAUACAAGACUUUCUUUACACCUCUUUCUGUACAAGGUGCACCUGCACCCUGAUUUGGGCACCCAUUUUCCAUCUGAAUCAUACAGAUAUUGUGUCAUCUCAUACUUAAUAAACUUACUAUAUUUUGGCAGGA